AUGAGGGCUGCGUUCGCAGGGAGUGCUGCCUUCGCAAGGGGUGGUGUAUUCGCAAGGAGUGCUGCCUUUGCAGGGAGUGCUGCUUUUGCACAGAGUGCUGCCUUCGCAAGGAGGGCUUCCUUCGCAGGGAGUUCUGCCUUCGCAAGGUGUGCUGCCUUCGCAAGACGUGCUGCAAUUGCAAUGAGGGCUGCCUUCGCAGGGUGUGUUGCCUUCGCAGGAAGUGCUGCCUUCACAAAGAGUGGUGCCUACGCACGUAGUGCUGCCUUCGCACAGAGUGCUAAUUUUGCACCGAGCGCUGCCUUUGCAAUGAGUGCUGCCUUCCAAGGAAUGCUGCCUUUGCAAGGAGUGCUGCCUUCGCACGGAGUGCAGCCUGUGAGUGCUGCCUUCGCAAGAAAUGCUGCCUUCGCAGAGAGUGCUGCCUUCACACGGAGUGCUGCCUUCGAUUGUAGUGCUGCCUUUGUACAGAUUCCUGCCAUUGCACGGAGUGCAGCCUUCGCACGUAGUGCAGCCUUCGCACGUAGUGCAGCCUUCGCACGUAGUGCAGCCUUCGCACGUAGUGCUGCCUACGCACGGAAAGCAGCCUUCGCACAGAGUGCUGCCUUUGCACAGAGUGCUGCCUUUGCAAGGAGUGCUGCCUUUGCAAGGAGUGCUGCCUUUGCAAGGAGUGCUGCCUUUGCAAGGAGUGCUGCCUUUGCAAGGAGUGCUGCCUUUGCAAGGAGUGCUGCCUUCGCAAGGAGUGCUUCCUUCGCAAGGAGUGCUGCCUUCGCUAGGAGUGCUACCUUCGCUAGGAGAUCUGCCUUCGCAGGGAGUGCUGCCUUCGCAUGGGGUGGUGCCUUCGCAUGGAGUGCUGCCUUCGCUAGGAUAGCUGCCUUCGCACGUAGUGCUGCCUUCGCACGUAGUGCUGCCUUCGCACGGAGUGCUGCCUUUGCACAGAGUGCUGCCUUUGCACAGAGUGCUUCCUUCGCAGGGAGUGCUGCCAUCGGUCAGAGUGCUGACUUCGCAGGGAGUGCUGCCUUCGCAAGGUGUGGUGCGUUCCCAAGGAGUGCUGCCUUCGCAGGGAGUGCUGCCUUUGCAAGGAGUGCUGUCUUCGCAAGGAGUGCUGCCUUCGCAAGGACUGCUGCCUUCGCUAGGAGUGCUACCUUCGCUAGGAGUGCUGCCUUCGCAGGGAGUGCUGUCUUCGCAAGGGGUGGUGCCUUCGCAUGGAGUGCUGCCUUCGCUAGGAUAGCCGCCUUCACAUGUAGUGCUGCCUUCGCACGGAGUGCUGCCUUUGCACAGAGUGCUGCCUUCGCAAGGAGUGCUGCCUUCGCAAGGAGUGCUGCCUUUUCAAGGAGUGCUGCCUUCGCACGGAGUGCUGCCCUUGCACUGAGUGCUGCUUUCGCAAGGAGUGCUGCCUUUGCACAGAGUGAUGCCUUUGCACAGUGUGCUGCCUUCGCAAGGAGUGCUUCCUUCGCAGGGAGUGCUGCCAUUGGUCGGAGUGCUGCCUUCGCAGGGAGUGCUGCCUUCGCAAGGUGUGGUGCCUUCCCAAGGAGUGCUGCCUUCGCAGGGAGUGCUGCUUUUGCAAGGAGUGCUGCCUUCGCAAGGAGUGCUGCCUUUGCAAGGAGUGCUGCCUUCGCAUGGAGUGCUGCCUUCGCAAGGAAUGCUGCCUUCGCAAGGAGUGCUGCCUUCGCAAGGAGGCCUGGCUUUGCAAGGAGGGCUGCCUUCGCUGGGAUUGCUGCCUUCGCAAGGGAUGGUGCCUUCGCAAGGAGUGCUGCCUUCGCAGGGAGUACUGCCUUUGCAAGGAGUGCUGCCUUUGGAAGGAGUGGUGCCUUCGCAAGUAGUGCUGCCUUUGCAAGGAGUGCUGCCUUCGCAAUGAGGGCUGCCUUUGCAGGGAGUGCUGCCUUCGCAAGGGGUGUUGCCUUUGCAAGGAGUGCUGCCUUCGCAGGGAGUGCUGCCUUUGCACAGAGUGCUGCCUUCGCAAGGAGUGCUGCCUUCGCAAGGAGUGCUGCGUUCGCUAGGAGUUCUGCCUUCGCAGGGAGGGCUGCCUUCGGAAGGGAUGGUGCCUACGCAUGUAGUGCUGCCUUCGCACGGAGUGCUGCCUUUGCAUGGAGUGCUGCCUUUGCGGGGAAUGCUGCCUUCGCAAGGAGUGCUGCCUUUGCAGUGAGUGCUGCCUUCGCAAGGAGUGGUGCCUACGCACGUAGUGCAUCCUUCGCACAGAGUGCUAAUUUUGCACAGAGUGCUGCCUUCGCACGGAGUGCAGCCUUUGCACGUAGUGCUGCCUUUGCACAGAGUGCUGCCUUCGCAAGGAGUGCUGCCUUCGCAAGGAGUGCUGCCUUCACAAGGAGUGCUGCCUUCGCAAGGAGUGCUGCCUUCGCACGGAGUGCUGCCUUUGCACAGAGUGCUGCCUUCGCAAGGAGGGCUGCCUUCGCAAGGAGUGCUGCCUUCGCAAGGAGUGCUGCUUUGGCACGGUGUGCUGCCUUUGCUAGGAGUGCUGCCUUCGCGGGCGUGCUGUCUUGA